CUUUCCAAGAAACGAUAAAAAAAAGUACAGCUAAAUCCAGAAGAUCAGUUAAAAGAAUUCCCAAUUGGGAAUAAAAAUCCAAAACUGUAAACAAAGUUCACGAACCAAUUUUCUCAAAACCAACACAUCAACCCCUAUAUAAACUUCCCACUCAUCUUCUUCCCCAUAUAUCCUCUCUUUCCUAUUACACACUCACUCAACUCAAACUCUAUACAUACACACUAUCACAUUUGUAAUUCUAUUCUCUAUACAUAUUAUUAGUUGUGUUUGAUUCUGAUACGGUCAUGUACACAGAAGGUGAUUUCGAUGCGGAUUGCGCUCAGCUGGAAUCGAUACGUCGUCACUUGCUGGGUGAGUUUGAAGCUCCGGCGAUGAACUCCGGCAAAAACUCCUCCGCAGAGUACUGCGGAAAGCUGCUUCUGAAGGAGAACCAUUCGGAGGACAUUGGCAGGGUUCCAACUCCGGCGGUGGCGACCACCACCGCAGCUGCUACCGAAAUGGGUAAAUUGUCGGAAUCUGUUGCGCCACAGGGGAAGCAGUACAGGGGAGUGAGGAGGCGGCCGUGGGGGAAGUACGCGGCGGAGAUUAGGGAUCCGGCGAAGAAUGGGGCUAGGGUUUGGCUAGGGACCUAUGAGACGGCGGAGGACGCGGCCGUGGCCUAUGACAUUGCGGCGUAUCGCAUGCGCGGGUCACGUGCUCUUCUGAAUUUUCCGCUCCGGAUUAAUUCGGGUGAGCCGGAGCCGGUGCGGGUUACAGCAAAAAGGUCAUCGGCAGAUCGAUCUUCGUCGUCAUCGAGCUCAUCGUCGACAGAGAAUGGUUUUUCACAGAAGAGGAGGAGGAAGAAGGUGGUGGCGAAAGUGGAGCCGGUGGUGGUGGUUCAGCCUAAGUUGGAAAUUGGAGGAGAGAGUGGAUGGGAGGAUUUGAGUUCGUUAAUGGCUUCUGAGUUCAUGACUCGAUUAUAAAAUUUUCAUAUAAAUCUGGGGACAUUCAUGAAAAUUUGAUCAAUUAAAAGAGAAUUGGAAAAAUAAAAAUAAAAAUAAAAAU